GGUCCGACCCGGCCCGCGGAGCCCGCGCCGCAGACAUGGGAAAAUCACUUUCUCACCUGCCUAUGCAUACAUGCAAGGAAGAUGGCUAUGAUGGAAGCUCAGUGUCUGAUAACGUGAGGAAUGGUUUAGUUCAUUCAGAAGUGCACAAUGAAGACAGCAGAUGUGGGGAUGUGUCACAGUUUCCCUAUGUGGAAUUUACAGGAAGAGACAGUGUCACCUGCCCAACUUGCCAGGGCACAGGAAGAAUUCCACGAGGGCAGGAAAAUCAGCUGGUGGCCUUAAUUCCAUAUAGUGAUCAAAGACUGAGGCCAAGAAGAACAAAGCUCUAUGUGACUGCUUCUGUAACUGUGUGUUUACUACUUUCUGGACUGGCUGUAUUUUUCUUGUUUCCUCGCUCAAUUGACGUUCAGUACGUUGGUGUGAAGUCAGUGUAUGUCACUUAUGAACCAGACAGGCGGAUAAUCUAUCUAAAUAUUACGAACACACUUAAUAUAACGAAUAACAACUAUUACUCUGUUGAAGUGGCAAAUAUCACAGCCCAAGUUCAGUUUUCAAAAACAGUUAUUGGCAAAGCACGGUUAAAUAACAUCACCAACAUUGGUCCACUGGAUAUGAAGCAGAUUGAUUAUAUGGUGCCCACAGUCAUACAAGAUGAAAUGAGCUACAUGUAUGACUUCUGUACUUUACCAUCUAUCAAAGUACAUAACAUAGUAGUGAUGAUGCAAGUGACAGUGACCACCUCAUACUUAGGCCACCCAGAGCAAAUAUCCCAGGAGAGAUACCAGUAUGUGGACUGUGGAGGAAACACAACCUACCAGCUGGGCCAGUCAGAAUAUUUAAAUGUCCUUCAGCCUCCACAGUAAAAGCACCUGUUGGCUGUUGUGGAAUGACUGCUGUUGGUGCUUGCAGAGAUCCUUUGGAUAGAGCUGGUGUUACAGGGAGUGGAGAGUACAUGUGAUGUACAGCAUAGCAAACAUGGAGAUCUGUACACUUUAGAUGCAAGGAGGGAAAGGUGCAAAUUGUAAAUAGGUGCACUUGUUAAAUGUUGUGUUUUCCCCUUCUGUUUGCUUUCUGUUACUGUAAGCACUUCUGUCAAGUUGUGUGGUGGGGGGGAGAGGGGGAAUAUCAGAUUCUUGAACAGAACUGGGACUUUUCCUUACAGUGUGGUACAUCAGCUUAGAAUAACUGUGUGUGUCUGUGUUUAGGUGAAAUGUGUCACUAAUGAGCGUUUUUUAAAAAUAAUACUCAUAAAUUUAUAAGUUUGUAUUUCAGUUCUUGAUAUUUGACUGUUGAAAACGCAGUGUUACUACUUAAAUAACAAGAUUACUUUGAGGUGUCUGGGUAUGAAAUUUCUAUUAGUAACCCAAUGACAUAGUUCUUUAUUUUGGGAUUCUACACUUUAUUUGCUAUCCAUGAUUAGAGGUGACAUGCAGUCUAUGAAAGCCAGGAGAGCUCUCUUGGAUGAAACUAUAGUUGAAUGUGCAGUUUCUAGAAUCUGGCAUCUUUUCAUUCAUAUUUCCUCUUGCUACCUCUGGGAUGUUAUAAGGAGAAUAUAUAGUGUUAGAUUGAAAGCUGUGUUUAAAAUUAAACAAGAAACAACUCCCACAACAAUUACUGACAAAAAAAAAUUACAAGACUCUAGAAAAUGAAAAAGACUUUACCAAUCUAUUUUUAGUAAACUUUUUAGAAUAGGUAUUAAAAUCAAGAUUGUGCAGUUGGAACUAGGUGGGAAACUUUGAUCAUGGGUUUGGAGAGCUUGAUGUAAAUUUUUGUAAUUUUUUUUUUUUUUACUGUUUUAAUAUAUUAUGUACCUAAGCAACUUUUAAGUGUUAAUAUGUUGGGUUGUGUUUAUUUCUUGCACAGGCUCAGUAAGCAAAUGCAGUAGUUUUCUGUACCUCCAGAGCACUCAACAGUCACAUCAGUUAUGUAAGGGAAGAUGAAGCAAUUCUUUCUGUAGGAGUAAGUGCUGAUAUAAUUGUGAGGUUACUGACUGACAACACAAAAUAAUUUCUGUAGCACAGUUUGCACUUACAAAUUUCUGGGGUAAGUGUCAAUCAUGAUGAUUUUAAACUUUGGGUCCAAAGUUGUUUGACUUCUGAAGACUGACUGUUCCGAGGGUUAACGUUUUAAUUAGCUAGGUCAGGAUUGUUUUAUUUCUGAAUUAGGUGAGAUGCAGCUGUAAGAAAGUACUAUUAAGACUGUUGCAUUAUAAUGAAUAAUGUUUUCUUUUAAAUAGAUAUUACUGGUUUUAUGCUGCCAAUCUCCUGGAAAUAAGCUACACAAAAUCAAUGGCAAUAAACACAAUAGAAAAAAGCUUCAGAGUAACUUGCCACUAACCAUUUCUGAUGGGCCAAUACUUCAGUGAAGAUACAUGUCUACAGUAUUCCUUUCUUUGCUGGCCUCUCUUAGAUGGACCUAAGGGUGUGGGUGGGGAAAAAAUGUGGGUGGUGUAAGACUGAUUUAAAAGACAUUAAGUAACCAUAAUACCCCCCCCCCCCCCCCCUUUCUCUAUUUGAAUUGCUAUGAGUGCUUAUUCCAAGAGUCUGUGAAAACUUCGGGAACCUCAACUGUCAAUUUCGGAAAGUUGUUGAUAAGGUGAAGACUCCAUCUUUUGCCUUUAGAGAACUUCUGUAACUGGAGUAGUCAAUUGAGAUGACUUACCAUGGCUAUAUUCUGAAGAUUAUUCUUGAUUUUGGGCCCUUGAAAGUAAACAUUCUUUAUUACAGCUCACAGUCGUGAGGGAGGCUAGUUCACAACUGACUCAUCUUUCUACUGUUUAGAUGGGGUUCAGUCCUGUAGCUGCUAAAGUGCAUUCAUAAGCUUAUCUGAUAGCCUGAAAAGAUACAGGUAGUAAUAACUAAAGACCAGGAGAGUGGGGAGCUGGCUAGAAUCAGAGAGGUGAACUCAUCAUACCAGUUGUAGAAAGAUAAGCUGAUAAUGGAGAGUAGAGAGAGAGAGAGAGAGUUCUGGUUUAAACCAUAUCAGAGCUGAAGUCUGCCAGCAAGUGACACAGGGUCUUUUAUUUUAGGCUUAAAUACUUAUACACUAGAGUGUUGUUUUUGUUUGGGGGUUUUGUUGUUUAUGGUUUCUUGAAGUAGAAGAAGAAAGCUGUAGGCAGAUAGCUAUAUUGAUUAAAAAAAAUUCUUCUAAGGAUGAAAAGUAAUUAAAAUAACUGGAAUGGCACAAUGAUCAAAUUAUUUGGUGACAGUAGUGAAUCCUGCUUUUGAGCAAGCAUGGCAGGGGGGAAGUUACACUUCAUGCAACGUUGAUACUCAAACUGGCUUUUGAAAUUUUGGUGGACAUGCUGAGCAAAAUCAAUACUUACAUCUGUGGUUCUUAACCUUGCAUGAAGUGCUUGGGAUUCGCUGAUUUAAAUUAAGGAAUUGAGCAGAGUUAUUCUUUCCAUAUAUGUGUCGGGAGAAGAUAAAACUCCGUUUUUUUCAUCUAGGGUAUCUAAACAUCAAUUUGUGAUAGAUUUACUGAAUGGAGUUCUCAUCUUAAAAAACAGACUGUGGGUUAAAGAUACUACUGAAUUCUCAAAUUAAGAGAAUCCUCAGUAGUGGGAGAAUGAAAGGCUUAAGGUUCCAAGUGCUAAUAUUCCCUUGCACAACUGUCAGCAUAUUACUAACCAAAUAAGGCAAAUAAAUUUAAAUUUAUGUACUGAUUUUAAUAUAACAUCUCAUCAGAUAAGCUGGUAAACAUCUGUGUGAAUAUUUAACUUGUACUUGCUUUAUGUGACCAAGCUUGGAAACAUGCUAAGGGAGCAAGAGAACUCACUAUUAACUUGUUUAACUUUGUAAACAAGGUAUCAGUAUAGAUCCAAGUGCCAGACCUUUCAUUUUUCACAUUCAUUUUAUCUUGAUCUUAAAAUAAAGAAGGCGAGUCUUUCAGUUCAGUUGUAAAUCAAUAAAUGUAAUUCUCUCCAGAAAGUUGGCUUGAAACAUUACAAUUUCUUUCCUGGUUUAUAUUAUGUGUGUCUUCUGAAGUGUUUCAUAUUUCACUUGUAACUGCCUUUGGUCUUCAGACACUAUCAAAUACAUUUAUACUGGUGUGUUUAUUUCUAGUAGAAUUCUUUUCACUUGAAUAGUUUGUAGCAAUUCCUUUAUCAAAACCUAUUGCACUUUAAAAUGGAAGCUCUGUUAGUUAUUUCUUUAAGCAGUAAGAAAUAUAGUCCAGAUGUUGCACUGUAAUGGCACUAUUGAAAAUCAGCUUAAUGUAUUCUGUUUAAAAUAACUGUAAAAUUUCAAAAUUUUAACAUAAGUAACUAUGGAACAUUUAAAUGCAUAAUAGUGUUGACUAUUUGGCCAUUGGAGAGCAAAGUUAUUGUACAUUUCAAAUACACUGCUUUAAAAAUAAAAGAAUGAAUAAAUAACCAUCCAAGAUCCAAACCAUUAAAGAUCUAACCAUCAAAUGUCUAUUUUGAGAGAUGUAAAGGGAAGCACUCUUAUUAAAAGAUGAAAUACCUGACAUUCUUGAAUUCCUGGUGUGGGAAAAAGCCUGUAGAAGUUCAUUCAUAAUUUCUUAUCUCGCUGUCAUAGGGAUGUUUGCCUAAUUCCUAAUCUUUUGUGAAGACAAACCAUAAAUAUCUUUUUCCUCUCUGGUAUAACUUUGAAGUUCUUAAUGCACUUCUGAUGUGUGCAUGACCUUGAUAUUAACAUUGUAGUGUUUAUAUUAAGCAGCCUGUUGUUGGCAGAUUUGAGCACAUUUUAGUUGACUUAGCUUCAAAUUGUCCUUGAAGUUCUGCAAAUGAAUAUUUUUUUUCAUAGUAGUGCAUUGUAAACAUGCCUAGGCUUUUUAGCAUGUGGUUUAUAAAGGGAACCAUUUAAAUGCUGAAACUCUUCUUGGAUUGAACCAUGAGGGUCUUUAACUUAAGUGUUGUGUCUUCAUCAUAGAAAAGAUGGUGCUUGGAGUGGUAUGAGAGAAAUUUCUAUAUUCAGAAAAUGUUAAAAGAGAAAUAGUGUUGUUUCUUAUUCAGCAUUUGAGGUUUCCUUUUUUUUCCCCUCUGUUUUUUGAAGGCUGGUAGUUGUGGUUUUGUUUUUCUUCUCACCCCCUAAUCUAUAGCAAAACAUCUGUCUGUUCCCAGACAGCACCUGCUGAAAUAGGUGACUUGUUCCAGAGUUGUGCAGCUGCAGGAAGCUUUAUGUCAGCUGAACUGCACUUGUAAAGUUAAGAGAUGAGAAAGACUAGCAAUGGUACCUCUAAGAACUAAGUUUUUUACUUGCCUGUCUAACAAAAUGCCACAGCCCUAGUAAUGCUUUCAGGCUUUCCACUACUGAAAGGGCAGGACAAAUAAUGCAAGUGCAACCAAUAUGCUUCAACAAUGGACUACUUGCAACCAGCAAAAUACUUGUUAGUGAUGGCCCUGGUCAUGCUGAAAAGUCUUUUUUUUUUUUUUUUUUUUUUUUUUCUUUUGGCCCAGGGAAGGAGAAAUAGAUCCCAGCCAACAGAUGCUGAAAACAAUUAUUUGGCUCUGGCAAACACCCAGUGUUUGUUCCACUUCCGAAGUCAUCUUCCUAUUUUAUGUUUAGCUUGGGAAUUCUGAUCAUUACCAGAGGGAUAUUUUGAGGUAGUUCUGCUACCUACAGCAUUUGCCAUGUAAACCUACUUUUCCAUGGGUAGGCAGGUCUGUUGGCCAGGAAGAAGUCUGUGUGGAAUCUGCACACUUUGUGUGGAGAGCCCUGCAGUCUAGUGGGAGACUGUUCAGUGGGAAUAACAUCCUGAUCCUCAUACUCUCCUCCUCCAGCCAUCACAGCGAUCCUACAGCUUGGAUGCCUGUGUUUCCUGGGUACUGAAACUGCUUUUGCUUUGCAUGGGCAGGGAUGUUUAGUACCACACAUGUAAGUGUAUUAUGGUGCCUGAGUAUUUUGGGUCUGAUUGUGACUUAGUUCUUUUGUUUGUUUUAAGGAAGCAAAUUUAACUGCUGUUAACAUCCACUGUACAGAGUGUGCAUAUAAUAGCUUGAGAUAUGUAUAGAGAUACUAAUGAGUGAUAACUAUUUUUGUAACUUAAGAUGUUCUUGUAACGGUGUAGCAAACAAUCUAUCCAGUAAAGCAUGAUAUACACUCUAGAAAUCAAAGAGUAUUUUGGAAUGACUUGUAGGACACAGAAGCUAUGUUAAUGUAAGCUAACAGGGGUGCAAGGAAUCUUGUUAUUCAGUGGUUCAAAAUCUGGACCACUAACUUCAUUAUGUUUCUAGACAGGAUUGUUUGACUCAAAGAAUGAUAUUAAAUUUUCUAUUUAAAAAGCUUGGAUCAUGUAUAUUUUUUUUAACUGACUUAGUAUUUUUCUCCCCUUCUUCCUGUCUCCCACAAGUUUUCCCUCUAUCUCACCAUAUUUUCCCACUAGCUUUCAUGUAUUUUCAAGGAUAUUACUUCAUGUUUUGUAACUUGGCAUUCCAUGAUGUGAACACUUUGCAAUCUACUUUUUUUUAUACUGUGUUUCAUUGUGUUAAGUCUGUAAUAAACUUGAGUAUCUGAAAGCUGAA